AUGCGCUUCUUCUUCGUGCUCUCCGCUCUCUUCCUCCUUGCUUCGGCAACAUCUCUUCGCGUUAAGAGACAAUGCGGUUGCACUGAGCAGCCGACGUGCUCCUGCCAGCAAUCGACUCCGCAGCUAUACACCUGCGCUUGCCAGCAGCAGGCUCCGAUGUCUUCCUGCUCAUGCUCCCAGCAAACCGUCCAAGUUCAGGCUACACAAUGCGCUCCAGCUUGCCAGCAGAGCUGUACUCAGCAAUGCCAAUCGAACACCCAGUGUCUGUCGAACAAUAGCGCCGAAUUUGGUAUAAAACGGACGCCGAUUCGAUGGAAUGACAUACACUCAUCGACAAUGAGCAUCAACCUUCUCAUCAUCGGUGUUCUAUUUCAAGUGCUCGCCACUCAACUGACGCUCGGACAGGGCAUUACUUGCCCGCCUGAAUUCAAGACGUACACACGUCUGAAUGGCAUGCUGACGGGAUUCGAUAACGCCGCUCAACGAAAGAUCGCAGCUGAUAACGCCAAGGAAGUUCUUAAACAAUUAGGACUGACUUCGGGCGCUUUUUGGAUCGGAGCAUACCGAAAGAAGGAGUGCCAAGUGUCGAAUUGGAAGAAGGUCAAAGCAUGUUUGCCGGCCGAGAAGAACUCGAUUGAAUGGACCGACAGAAACACCACGUCGACCGACGGAUUCAACUUCCGCAAAGGACAGCCCGAUUAUAACAUGGGCAAUCAGAACGCCGUUUAUAUGGUUGUUGGUGAAGACGUUGUUGAUCGAUACGGAGUAUGGAAAAACGAGGAAAUGGAUGAUGUGCGGUAG